AUGUUUAUUCUCCAGGAGCUUGCGCGGAUUCUUGACCGGCCGUUUUUCCCAUGGAAGAAGAUCAUUGUGGGCUUCUCGCUGGGACAGUAUCUCCUUGAAGGGUUUCUCUCUCUCAGACAGUAUAAGUUUCUGCAGGCAACAAAGGUUCCAAAGGUCUUGGAGGGCGAAGUCUCUCAGGAAGUGUUUGAUAAGAGUCAGGCGUAUGGACGCGCGAAGGCCAAGUUUGGCUUCGUGAGUGGGCUAUACAGCCAGAUUCAAAACCUUGGAUUUAUCUACGGCGAUGCUCUCCCAAAACUGUGGGGAGUAACCGGUCUGUUGCUAUCCAGAUAUGCUCCCGAAGGCUUCAGGGGAGAGAUCACCCAUACCCUGCUGUUUGUCUUUACCUUCAACAUCAUUACGACCGUCCUCUCGCUCCCCACCUCAUACUACAGCACCUUUGUCCUGGAAGAGAAGUUCGGCUUCAACAAGCAAACCGUCAAGCUAUGGGUUAUGGAUAUGCUCAAGGGUCAAAUGUUGACCGUUGUCCUUGGUACUCCCAUCAUCAGCGCCAUCCUGAAAAUCGUACAGACUACCGGAACCAGCUUCUUCUACUACCUUUGGAUGUUUGGAAUCUUCGUUCAGCUGUUCGCCAUCACCAUAUAUCCCAUUGCCAUCCUCCCCCUUUUCAACAAGCUCUCUCCGCUCGAACCUGGUGUCUUGAAAACUUCAGUUGAGAACCUGGCCAAGAAGCUAAAGUUCCCUCUCUCCGAGCUGAACGUCAUCGACGGAAGCAAGAGAAGCGCACACAGCAAUGCCUAUUUCUUUGGACUACCAUGGAAGAAACACAUUGUCAUCUACGAUACCUUGAUUGAGAAGAGUGAACCUGAAGAGGUCGUUGCUGUAUUGAGCCAUGAACUGGGCCAUUGGAGCUUGAGCCAUACUACAAAACUAUUUGCAAUUGGACAGGGCCACAUGUUCUAUAUCUUCGCUCUGUUCUCUGCCUUUGUAAACAACAAAUCGCUCUAUCAAGACUUUGGCUUCCACACUGAGAUGCCAAUCAUGAUUGGGUUCCUCCUCUUCUCCGAUGCCCUCGCACCAACGGACGCCAUAAUUAAGCUCUUGAUGAAUAUCCUUAGCAGGAAGUUCGAAUUUGAAGCUGAUGCUUUUGCCGUGAAGCUGGGUUAUUCCAAGGAAUUGGCCAGGUCGCUGCUGAAACUCCAGAUUCAAAACCUUUCCACAAUGGAUGCAGACUGGAUGUAUGCAAGCUACCACUACUCGCAUCCAAUCUUGCCUGAGCGACUUGCUGCCUUAGGUUGGAAGGGAGGUAAAAUAACUGGAGAAAAGGAGCCCAUUGACAGUGAUAAACCAGUCAAGGCAGCUGACAGAGAGCUAUGA